AUGAAGAAGAAGAUGAAAUACUAUUAUCUAUACAUCCUUAUUAUUUCCGGAGUCGUAAAUGCAGAUACAGAUCUUAUUUUACCAAAAUAUAAUGAAAAGGGAACAGUAAAUUUUAACUCGAUUACUGAUUGUAUCAUAUCUAUAACUGAAACAGAACUUUACUUCAGACCAACUGUAGCCAUAUUAGACCAAGGCGGUAAUACUACAGAAAACAUCUUCAACAAUGAAUUAAUUGAUAAACUUACAAAAUACAAUAUACCUCAAGUUAUCAUACAAGAUGGAAUCAACGAGAAUAAUUAUGAUUUACAUUUAAUUUGCUUGACAAUCGCAUUCUUUGACUCAUGUGCUGAUAUCAAAGACUUUGAUUUCAAAAGUAUUGAUAAGGAAAUGAGAUUUCUUGUAAUCAUAUCUGACGAUUCAGGUAAUAACUGUGUUGAUACACUUGAAGAAAUUGGAGAUUCCGUAAGUAAAUUUGCUAUUACUUUUAUUAUACAAGAUUUCGUAACAGGUGAAAAUAACAUAUACACAAUAUUUCCUAAAAUAGAUGAGAAUACGUGUAAAGAAAUUGUUGAAAAACCUUCACAUAUAAACACGUGUUUCAAUAAUGGGACUGUUCAAAAUGAGGAUAUAUUUCCAAUAAAAAAUCCUAACAAUCUAAACAGAUGCCCGUUCAGAAUUGGUAUGGCAACUCUUUUUCCUUUCUCGGAAAUACCUAACAAAGAAUCGCUUAAAAAUUAUGAUAAUGUCACUGAAAUCAAAGGCUUCGAUUAUGAAAUAUUGAAAGUCAUUGCCGAGUACUUCAAUGCUACAUUAGAAACGCACUACAUUUAUAGGAAAGAGGAGAAUCCGUACAAAGAUCUGGAAUUCACAGAUUUCAUUAAGAACGGGAGCUUAGAUGCGUGUGCUGGCGGUCUAUACAGAAUAUAUGGAGAUAUGGUGGAAUAUUCUGGAAUAUAUGUCCGCCAAGGUGUUUUUUGGGUCUACUAUGCAGAGAGAGCAGAAAGAUCUUGGCAGAACUUAGUAAGCAAAUUGGAUGAUGUGUACUUCUUCAUUAUAUUCUACAUCACUUAUUCAAUUGUGUGGUGUUUAAUAUCCUCAUUUGAUGGUCAGGCUGUUUCACUUAUCACUACAUUGAUACACGGAUGGGGAGCACUUGUCGGUGCCACUUCGUUGCAGGAACCUAGAACAAGAAAACAGAAAUUCCUCAAUUUAUUGUACUUGAUCAUGUCUGUGUACUCUUCUGUUUAUGUCAGCAUACAAUUCUAUUCAUUCCUCACGGUCCGUGGUCCACCACAAAUGUUUAAAACCAACACAGCUGUGAUGGAAUCAGGAAGAACAGCGUAUUUGAAAAAUUCAUCGAAAUACUUCAUCACUGACGAGAGGUAUACGAAGUACGCGGACCGUUCAGCAGAUUGCGUGUCUUUUUAUAAUUGUGCUGAGAAAACUUUAAUGUAUAAUGGCCUAACUCUUUUAUUACAAGCUAACUUUUACAUCUUCCAAGCUACUUCAGCUGUUAACGAUGAAGCUCGAGUGCUGAGAGCGACGGAGAAUAUGCUGACAGUGUAUAACGAAAUGUUGAUUAGAAAGGAUAGUCCUUUAGUGGCUAAAUUUCAGAAAGUCAUGAAGCGUUUGUUUGAAGCUGGGAUAACUGGGAGACUAUUCACUGAAGCCAUUGGUAUAUCGGUAGUGGCUAAAGCAGAGAGUGCUAACUCUAAUAUGAUAACUAGUAGUUACAGUUGCCAAGCUGGUUGCUCGAUCACCCUUAUGCAAUUUGCUGGAAUAUUCUAUGCUUGGAUUUUCGGCUGUGCAAUCUCCUGCUUGGUUUUUGUUAUUGAAAUAUUUUUGAGACGGGUUAAAGUUAAAGAACUGUAA